UUUUUUUAUGUCAGCUGUCAAAUUAAAUUGACGCGCGAAAUAAGCAAAACAAAACAGAAAUGUCACAGUCGGGGUGUCCUGUUGGUGACAGAAUCCUAGUAGGUUACAUUUUACCCGAAAAGAAGGUUAAAAACUCCGAAAAUGACGACUCUGAUUGGGAAGAUGAUGAUGAGGAGGAGGAAGAAGAAGCACAGCCGGAGUUUCUGGAUAUGAAAGAGAUGGACAGCGUUAGUUCAGGAGGACAUGUGUUUAAUUCCUCCGUACCGGGCCGAAACGAAGUUGAUUUCCUGGACAGCGUGUCCGGUAAGAGAUGCAGAGUACUGGGCCGGUUCAGUCUGAAGGACCCGUGGUGGGAGGCUACCUGCACAGCCCGCGUAGCCAGGGGCAAGCUGGUGCUACGGGGCUACCCUGCCUACCGCCUUCGCUCAGACCUCCAGGGAGACCCGGAACACUCUGUCCUGUCUCUGUUCCUCACCGCCUGCGGCGUGGACUCACAGUUUGUCGUCCCCUUCUUUGCUUGGCUGCCGAUGGGAAGGAAGGUGGAGUUUGCUAACUUGCAGGAAGUUCUGGCUGAGUUUGAGGAAGGAGAGCAGCACAGAGCUUUGGCACAGCAGAUUAAAGCCUUGGUCUCUGUUUCAGUUGCAGGGAUGCGCGUGGCUGCUGCCUCUCUGUAUCCCCAUGUGAUGAGAUACCUGCCUACCCUACUGCCCGGGCGCUUCACAGAGCUCCUGAGUCGAGGAAAGAAAAGCCCAAAACAUCCUGCGGCACAGGGUGCUACACAGAUAGAGGGGGAAGAGGAGGAUCUCAGCUUGCUGGCCAAAAUAGAGGAGAUGAUCAAGACGGACGUCUGGAAGCUGGGCUUUAACUAUGUUAUGUACAAGGAGUUGAAGGUGGUCCAUUGCGAGGCUCAGCUGAGAUCCUUCCAUGAGUGUAAACUCUUCCAAGAGAUCCCUCUGAAGCAGUGUAACGCCCUGCGAGUCUACGACUCUCUGAAGAACCACUGCAACAGGACGGGCAGUACCUACAUGGAGCUCCCCACCCUGUGUGACGAGGUCAGGAGAGGGUGUAGCUCCGAGGUGGAGGUGUGGGACGCAGUCCACUUCCUCAAAGAGCUGGGUGUAGUGGUACGGGAUCGCCAGAAGGUGGCGCUGCAGAACCUGCAUUCUUAUGAGACUGGGAUAGCUGAGUGCCUACGCUGUCUGGUGCAGGAAGAGCCCUGGGUUAUACCUCUGGAUGUCAUAGAGGUGCUGACUGCUUCAGCUCUGCAGAGGCUGAGGAAGAAGGGAGGGGAUGGAUGGAGUAGGGAGGAUCAAGGUGAAGUGGACUCCGACGCAGAGCGGAAGGCUAAUGAGCUGAAUGAAAGGUGUGAUAUGGUUGGCAGCGCUGCAGAGACAGACCGUACUAGUACUGCUGUUAGAACAGCCAGUGGAGCCUCUGUCCCAGACCACAUCAAACCUGGACCAGCCCCUACAGACCAGGGCCCUCCUCCUCCAGUAGAUUUAGACCCAGACCAGGGCCCUCCAGUAGAUUUAGACCCAGACCAGGGCCCUCCAGUAGAUUUAGACUCAGACCAGGGCCCUCCAGUAGAUUUAGACCCAGACCAGGGCCCUCCAGUAGAUUUAGACCCAGACCAGGGCCCUCCAGUAGAUUUAGACCCAGACCAGGGCCCUCCAGUAGAUUUAGACCCAGACCAGGUACGUGCAGCCGAGAUGAUCUGCUUCAAUCCGGUGACAGUGAUCAGCGGUAAGGGGGGCUGUGGUAAGACCACGGUGGUGAGUCUGGUGUUCAAGGCCGCCUUGCAGCAGAGCCCAGAGAAGGAAGUCAGGAAGGCAUGCUGGGACUUUGAAAAUGACUCCUUGGGGUCUGAGGCGUGGGAGGAAGCCGAGGCGUUGGAGGAUGAAGCCCUGUCGAAGAGUCUCCUCUCUCAGUUAGAGGGGGAGGUAAAGGACGAGAAGAAGUUGUCGUCGUGGGUUUUACAGGGAGAGGACGAGGUGUUACUAACAGCACCCACAGGGAGAGCUGCGUCUCUGCUCACCAAGAGGACAUGCUUCAAGGCCUACACCCUGCACCAGGUAGUGUGGAGUUUCAUGCAGGCCAAGAAGGACCCCAGCGGGGCUCCUGAGGAGUGGAAGUUUGCGUGUGUGCGCGUGUUGGUGGUGGACGAGGGCAGUCUGGUGUGUGUUCAGCUCCUCCACUCCGUGCUCACCAUGCUCACCAAACACGCACAGCUCAGGAAGUUCGUCAUCUUGGGUGAUGUGCGUCAGCUGCCCAGUAUCCAGCCAGGAAACACCUUGUAUGACCUGUUCCACAGUCUGGGCCGAGCCCAUUGGGCCAUCGAGAUGAGGACCAAUCACAGAGCCGAGUCUCAACUGAUCGUCGACAACGCCGGACAAAUCGCAGAGAUGGGGAUGAAUCGUAGUUUCAGACCGCUCCACUACGACGCCAUCUUGGAUCUGAAUGGAAGCUACACCAUGCCCUCUGAAGACAAGAGGUUCAUCCUCAUCCUGCUGCCCAACACCACCGAGGACUCUGACUAUGGAUGUGGUUUUUCAGACCUUCAGGUGGCUAUCGAACUAUUAUUGAAAGCUGCUCCAGGACUGAAGAAUGAUGCCACGUCACAGUUCAUUGCCUUCAGAAGGAGGGAGUGUGCCUUGAUCAAUGAGCUUUGCUGCAAACAUUACUGCGACCACCGCACCAAAAACAACAAGAACCGACUAGAUUUCCAGCCGAGAGAUAAAGUCUGCUGUACAAAGAACGGCUACGUCACAGACAGGAACAAGGAAGUGUCUCCUGAAGAAGAGGACUUGGAGAACAGCUACGUAUCUGACAGGGCCAGGACCAAGCAGAGACUUCCUGGUCUGGACGGAGGGGAGAGACGUAGAGGGAACGGGGCCACACAGAGAGACGGAAGUGGUGACAAAAUGAAAAGCAAAGAGAAGAAUAAAGAGCGUCUGUGUAACGGAGAGAUAUUCUUUAUUAAAUAUGACGUGACAGAGGAGGAGGCGGGCUCACGGCGGAGCAGGAAGCAGAGGUACUUGACUCUGGAUGAUGGCGACGGACGGAUGCUGUGUGUUUCCUUCAGGGAACUGCAGAGUGAAUGUAAACUGCAACACGCCUGGGCUAGGACCAUACACACCUUCCAGGGGUCGGAGACCGAGACGAUUGUGUACGUGCUGGGUAACGGUAGCGUCCAGACGUGGAAACACGUGUACACUGCUGUGACACGGGGACAGAAGCGUGUAUAUGUCAUAGCCAAGAAGGAGGGCAUGGCCUCGGCCAUCAAGAGACGCAUCAUCCCACGUAACACCCGGCUGGGAACCCUGGUCAAAGAGCUGCUGGUCCAGCCUGGGGCUGAGGGGCAGGACCAACCAGACCAGAACCAACCCCAGCCAGGCACACCUCGCAGGGCAGCCCCAGGCUUCGGGCCUACACAGACCUCUCCUCUGGCCUCACCGACACCUAGCUGGUCUCUAAGGACCCCCUACAAAACCCCUAUAGCAGCACCCAGACUCCGCUCUACGCCCAGUGUAGCAGUCCCACUUCACGCCAAUUGUGUCCAGUCCCACUCUACGUCGGUCCUACCCAGGAAGCUGUGGAGAAAUGAGCCUCCAACAGCUCCUCAGGCAGAUGCCUCAGACACCUCUCUAAUGGACGACAUCACUUUCAGUCAGGCAUAUACUUGGUCGCCUAUGAACAGCAGCUCUGAGGACCCCUCUCAAGAGCAGCCUGGGUCUUGUGAGGAGGAGGAAGGGAUCGAGAUGGAGGCUAGCAGCAGCGCUGUAGAGGAUGGACAUAUGGGGAAGGGUUCACAUUUAGCUGCUCGGUCUGGGGUUGAGAGCACCCCUUCCAAGAGGACACUCAGUCCUGACAGUGAGAAACAGAAUGUAACUCCUCAUAAACAGAUCAAGGUGGAGCCAUUCGAAUCACCGCUGGGCUGUUCCAGACUGCAGCAACUCACCCUCUGCAUGCCCACCUCACACGGCAAACGGCUUUUCCAAGGUCCACCCUCCGAUCAGGACUGAACAUCUUCUCUCCCUGACCCAUUGAUACCAGGAUAUCUUAUGAUUGAUGGCCACUACUGCAUUGAUACCAGGAUAUUUGAAUCAAAUCCUAUUUUAUACGUCAUAUGCACAGAAUACAAGUGUAGACCUUACCAUGAAAUGCUUCCUUACAAGCCCAUAACCAUUAAUGCAAUUUUAAUUAAAAAUAUGAGUUAAGAAUGAUAUUUACUAAAUAAACUAACGUUUUUUU